UCCACGCCAUCCCCUCUAUAAAAGCCUGGCUCCGGCACUCUGUUAACCUUCUUUCGCUUGGCUUCGGAUUUGUAAGGUUGCGUUUGUCUGCGUUCCGUUUCUUUCUGCAACUGUCAGCUAAGUCUUCCUCUUUUCUUUUCUUUUUAUAUCUUCGCUAUCGUCGCCCUCCCCCCCUUCCGUCCUCCUUCGCUUUCGUAAUCUCUUGUUGAUCUUGAUCCAGAUCUAGGGUUUCCGAUUUCUGCUUUCGAUUUUUCCUCUUAGAUCUUAAUUCGCUUCAGUCCUCUUGGACUUGGAUAUCGGAGAUUAGGGUCGCGUAAAACAAAUACCAAUGAUUUUAGAUUUUCUAUGAAUUACGCUAUCCUUAUGCGUCGAGUUCGAAUUCUCCACUCCUUCUCGGUUGUGUUUCUCUACUGGUUCUACGUGUUUUCAUGAAUUAGUUUCUCUGUGUUGAACGUGUCUUGUAAAUUUUGAUCCCUAUUUCCCCUCUUAUCUGACUGUUGAAAAGCCCUAAUUCUAAUUCAAUUUAGUGCAUAGUAUCGAAUAUCUAGUUUAUUAACAGGUACUUCUUGAAAGCUCCUUGAGAUUUUAUUUUAUUUUUUCUGUUGGAAAAUUCGGGGAAAAAAAAUUAGUUCUGCAAUGCAAAGGCAGGCAGCGAGCUCUGGAUCUGAUUCUGAUCCGCGUUAUGCCAAUGUCGACGAAAGGAAAAGGAAGAGGAUGAUAUCAAAUCGGGAAUCCGCCAGGCGUUCCAGGAUGAGGAAACAGAAACAGAUGGAAGAUCUGGUUAAUGAAUUGACUCUUUUGCAGAAUGAGAAUGGUCGACUGAGGCAGAAUAUCAACGACAACACUCAACGGUACGUGGAGAUGGAAUCCGCCAAUAGCGUUUUGAGGGCUCGGGCUAUGGAAUUGACCGAAAGGCUUCGGUCCUUGAACUCGGUGCUCCAGAUCGUGGAGGAGGUUAGUGGCUUCGCAGUUGAGAUCCCUGAGAUACCUGACCCCCUUCUGAAACCAUGGCAACUUCCUUGCCCCGUGCAGCCCAUCAUGGCAUCUGCUGAUAUAUUUGAGUAUUGAAGUUGCAUCCGGUUAGUGAGUUACGAGAAGCUGGGGAUGUAUUUCCUAUUGGGGUGUUCUUUCCGUUAUGGGUUCGUUUUGUGUAGUGUGGAGUGGUGUAUUUGGCGAAUGCUGUUUUCGUGUCUUUGGGCAUGAAGUCGUAAUGUGAUUUGCUUGCAUGUUUAACUUCUUUUUCUUUCAAUGUUUGUAGUGGUUUACAAUGUACUAGUGUUGGUUUUUUUUUCCCUUCUGUUUACAAUGUACUAGUUGUUAUCCAUUAUCUGGGAUUUCGUAAUUUAAUUUUAGGCAAUUGAAUGUUGUGCUUGAUAUA